GAUCAUUCCGUCGCACUAUCUUCAUUUGGGAGACCAUGAUGUGGACGUAUAGUAGAGCUUUGCUGCCGUUCCUGCAAGCCAUGGCCAUGAGUGCCCAUCCACCACCAGACUCAUUGGUAGUAGUAUCCUCCAGGCCGCAAUUGCGUGGCGUCAUUUUUGAUAUGGACGGAACUUUGACCGUGCCCAAUUUGGAUUUCGCAUUGAUGUACCGUCGUUGUGGUGUUGAUCAGAAACAAGAUAUUUUGCAAGCCAUUGAUGAAAUGGAGAAGGAAGACGACGCCCAACGUGCCGCUGCCAUUGUGGAAGAAAUGGAAGGCGAAGGUCGACGGACACUCCAGCUCAUGCCAGGGACGCUGGGAAUCUUACAAUUCUUGGCAUACUACAAGAUUCCCACAGCAUUGGUCACUCGCAAUACACGUGCCACGACGGAGCGGUUUAUGGGACUCUUGCAACACGCAAAUGGGCCGAUCAUAUCUCCCAUUGUUGCACGAGAUACCGAGCCACUGUUGCCGCCCAAACCAGAUACAGCGGCGCUGCAGUAUAUUGCACAAGAAUGGAAGGAGCCAUUUUUGACCAAAGAGUUUGUCAUGGUGGGGGAUUCUCCCGCCAAUGACAUUUUAUUUGGAAAGGCCGCCGGUGUUUCCACAGCAUUACUGUGGCAACGACAAGGGGAACCAAUACACAGAGCCGAUGUCGUGGUCCAACACUUGACGGAACUACCCAGGCAUUGGUAUCAAACCUUUCGUCUUUCAUUUUCAUCAACAAACACACCGUCAAUAUCCAAUUCACCAACACGACAACAUGCCUCUACUAAUAGAGCCACAAUGGCUGCUUUGCAUGGUGAUAUGGAAACACUGCAAUCCUUGUCAAUUACGGAGAUUUUGACACCCGAUGACACUGGGAGUACCCUGCUCAUUUGGGCAGCCGAGGGAGGCCAAGAAAUGGCCGUACAAUUCCUGUUGGAUACGUUACUCAAAGUGGAAACAGCCAAAUUACAACGGUACAUGAAUCAUCGAGGAUUUCAGGGCAACACAGCCGUGUCCAGAGCUGCCCGACACGGCCACUUGGCGGUCCUCCAUCAACUGACGCGAGCUCCCGUUAUCACAAACCUCAAUAUUCCCAAUGACAAGCUGCAAUAUCCACUGCAUAUUGCAGCCUUUCGGCAACAUCAUGACUUUGUACAAGAGCUACUGAAAGCUGGAGCCGAUGCUCACGUGGUGGAUCGAAAGGGGCGGACUCCAUGGGAUGACACGAGUUCCACCAAAAUCCAGACCCUGCUACAGUCUUGCAUGUCCACGUAGUAAAUGUCUGUGGGGAGAUGCCACCAAAAGUUCUACUUGCAUACAGUUUGUUUGGCAAAGAGCCCGGACAGCAACAAUGACAAUCAUCGUUUUUAAAAAGUGCUCAUUGCUCAGCGUCGAACACAAACUGAUGCAAUUUUGCCUCCAUUCAUUAUGGAUACGUGACUGUUUCACGUUUCAUCGACAUACAGCUGCUUCGGAAAGCAUAAUCAAUCAGUCCUCACGAGAAACUUGCCCUCGACGAUAUAUAUAUAUAUAUAUAUAUAUAUAUA